AUGGCUACGGACCGGCUCCGGCAGCCAGUGGAAAUCCUGAUGGCACGAGAGCAACGUCCCCUCCAGACAGAACCCUCCCCGAUAUCGGAUCGGGACACAGGGUUCAUCACUAACGCCACGUUAACCGGCAGGAUCCGGGAACUUUCUGUCAUUUUCUCAAGAGUCGUCGUCAGCAAUGAAAACUCAACACGAAGAAAAGAGCACAAGCACAGUUCUAACAAAGCAGACUGCUCCUCAGAGGGGUCUGUCCGUCCGGGAGGUCUGUCCGCCAGCCCCUCUGCGUCAGCUCGUCCCACAUGGGGUGGUGGAAGGGCCGCUCGGCCACAGCUGGUUCAAGAAAUUUCCAGAAAUGGUGGAUCAACACUUCACGUUCUCCAGUGCCUGGAGGAUCUGUAUGGCGAUGAAUGGACAUCUUUCAUUGUGCUGCUAAUCCAUUCUGGUGGUUACAGCCAACGUUUACCAAACGCAAGUGCUCUGGGAAAGAUUUUCACAGCGUUGCCUUUCGGUGAGCCCGUUUGCCAGAUGCUGGAGCUGAAGCUCGCCAUGUACAUUGAUUUCCCCCGCCAUAUGAAACCCGGAGUUCUCGUGACGUGUUCGGAUGACAUCGAGCUGUACAGCACCGGCCCCACGGAAACCCUCACCUUUGAUAAACCCGGGUUUACGGCCUUAGCUCACCCUUCGGAUUUGGCAGUUGGCACCACACAUGGGGUGUUCGUUUUGGAUCCAUCCAGUUUUUCGGGGGAGGGAGGCCUGGAGUACGCGUCUUGCCGGCGCUUCCUGCACAAGCCCGACGUUGAGACGAUGCGGCGGUGCGGCGCGGUGUGCGUGAGAGGGGCCUCUGCUCCGCCAACCUCGGAGUGUGUGUAUACAGACAGUAUAUUCUACAUCGACCAGAGCGCUGCAAAACACCUGCUGACGUUUUACAAGGAGGUGGGCACGCUCUGCUGUGAAAUAGAUGCCUACGGUGACUUCCUCCAGGCCCUGGGGCCCGGAGCCACUCACGAUUACACACAAGAUACCAGUAACGCCACAGCAGAGGAGCCGGGGCUGGUGGAGGUGCGGCGGAAGCUGUACUCCCUUCUGAGGGGAACCGCGCUCAACGUCAUCGUCCUGAACAACUCCAGGUUCUACCACAUUGGAACGACUCAAGAGUAUUUGUUUCAUUUUACAGCCGACAGCAAACUGAAGUUUGAGCUUGACUUUCUGCCUGUGGCCUUUAGCGCCUUCUCGGACAAAGCUGCGACCGCGGGCCGAUGUGGCAGCGUCAUCCAGAGCGUGCUGGAGCCUGGGGGUCGGGUCGGGCCCGGGGCCGUCGUUGAGUACUGCCAGAUCGGGCCCGGGGCCUCUGUGGGGCAGGGCAGCAUCAUCAGCGGGGCAUGCAUCGGCCCGGGGGCAGACGUGCCCUCUGGCUGCCUCCUGAGCUCACUGAGCGUAAAGGUCAGCGGCCAGGUGAGGUACGUCAGCAUGGCAUUUGGGGUAGAAGACGACUUGAAAAAGAGCGUGAAAUUGCUGUCAGAUGUCCAUUCACUCCAGUUCUUUGGCGUGGGCUUACUGGAAUGCUUGGCCCUCUGGGGUGUAAAGGUUUCAGAGCAGCUCUUCUCCAGUGAGAAUACGCGCUUGGGGUUGUGGACUGCUAGGAUUUUUCCUGUUUGUUCUACUUUAAGUGAAUCAGUUAGAAUGUCGUUAAAAAUGUUAAAUUCUGUGCGGCACAUGACAGCUUUUGACUUGAGUGGGUUUCAGCUCUUGUCUGUUGAAGAAAUGCUCACCUACAAAGACGUGGAAGACAUGCUGAAGUUCAGGAAGCAAAUUUACGAUGAAAUUUGUCAACAGAGACAGAAAGAAAAGUCUGAUUUGUAGAAUGAACAGUACUUGAACAAAUUCCCUGGCUUCGUUUGUGGAUAAUUGAUUACUUCCCAGCUUGUAAAAAUCAUGAGAAAAAAGUACACAGAUCUUUUCUCCGAUUUCGUUGAAGCAGAAAUAAUGAAAUUGCAUUAACAAUGUUGUUGCGGCAUAACACUAAUAAUGCAGCAAAUGCAGAUAAACGGUUUUUCUGAUGAAAGAAGUAAUGAAAUAUUCCAGAUCCCUGAAAACACUAAUUGUUGAUUUUUCUUGGGGUGCCAAUUAUAAUGUUUUGUAGUCUUCGUCAGUAAGAAUAUGAUACAGAACCAGUUCAUUAGGAAUUGCUUUAAAAGCUUUCCAGAGUAGGACACUAGCUCCAGCAACGUGCAAUGAUACAGCGAUACAAUGAUAACACGUUUCUCUCUUUUCGACCUUCAAACGGGUAGAGACAAAAUCAUUAAAAGUACUUUUAAAAUCAAAACAUCCUGUCUUAAGUAUAAAUCAUUUUAUUUCUCAUUUUUCUUUAUUUUUAAAUUUUUUUACACUUUCUUAGCUUUGAUCAGAGGAAGAGCGUUUGCAUGAGAGAUCACUUUCCCUUGUGACUAAUACUGUUGGGGUCAAGACCUGUUAGCAAGACAAGGUGCUGAUGAUUUGGGGUUUACUGUUAGAGUCUGGAAGCUGGUACUUUGAUGGGCAGAUGCCAGCUCUGUUACCCACAGAUUGCUGGGGUGUGCCACGGGAACACCUGCGUUUCCUGUUUCUCUGAGCUGAGCUCUGGAGUCCUUGGAGCGAGGUUUAGCCCUGGGGCAAAGCAGAGGGGUGCCGAGCAGGGUGAGCCGCCGGUAGGCUGGCACCACCCUGCACCUCCCCGGAGCAACGGCAGCCUCUGUCUCUGUGCCCCUGCCCACCCGUUACCGACGAGGAUCAGCGUUUCUGGUUUAGGUGCCAGAGAUCCAGCUCCAAACAGAGAAGUACACGGUUACCCUUUCUGGCCAAGCCUGAUCAAAACGGGAAGUGCCUGGCUUUUUAUGUGUACGAUUUCAAACGGACUUUUCUAAGCGUUCCCUGUUCCCACCCCCCUCUCAAACACUCGGGAGCUGUGCAGGAGGCGAUGCUGCUGCGCCGUGCCCUGGGCUCUGCCGUCCUUUUUCAGCCAGUCAGUGUGUACUCUAGUGCUACCAGGUGGGAAAAAGCUUGUUCAUGAUGUUUAUGUUCAGAUAGCUCAGAUCAUUUAUUUUUAAUUUUGCUUCUAUAAUGCCUGCAUUUUUAAUUUUUCCAUUUUGUGCUGUUUUAAGGGUGCACUGUGUAUUAUAUCAAUGUAAUUUGACGGUAAACACAACGCAGCUUUUUCUCUGGCAUGUAUCUAUGGCUGUUCAUGUUUUAUUUAGUGUUUCAUUAUAACAGUGUUUGUCUCCCUACUGACUGAACUCCCCAAUGCCACCUCCAAGGCAGUGGUGUAACGGCUCCUGAAUGUUACCCAAGCUGGCUUAACCUUCACCAGGCUGCAAGAGGCUUAGUAUUGUUCCUGAAGGUCUCUUCUGAGCAAGAAGUACAAAGGAGCUAGACAUGGAGGUUGGGAAUUGCUGAGGUUGACUUCAAAGGAACAAGGAGAAUUUCUCAGCAAAUGGAGGUUUUAAAAGUCAUUAUAAACCACUAGUUUAACAGCAGAAACGUCAGUAUGUUUGAGAACGCUGAGGGCUAAGAGAAAUAGAUAAAGUCACAAAGUAAAACCACAAAGUAAAACCAGCCGUAGAAGGUGGAGCAGGCGUGGUGGUUUCUGUAUCAUCCUGUCUGCAUGGCCUGUCCAUCUGGUGUUAGAGUGUACAGAGCGUUUGGGGGAAAACAAAGGGCUGACAGAGACUUUGCAUCUUCAGCUGGAGGCCAAACUGUGUUUUGAAAAGACUUCCCUGAUUGCUUCACCUGGUAGACAAGCUUCCUGGGUGGUUAGUCACUGUAAAGUGAAGUUGCAUUCUUUUAAUGUGAUUAUUCCCUUUAACUGCCAUAAUUGCGUUAUUUCUGAAUUCCCCAAGUGCCGUGUAUUGAUUUCAUUGCUGAAAGCAACCUGGAUAGAAAGGGAAAAUGGAUUUGCUUCUGACACACCAGUAAUGGG